AUGUCCCCAGAUGCAGCAGGACCCUCCGUGACCACCGUGGGAAAUGGGGGGGGACCCCCCCCGGGAGUCCUGGUCAGUGUGGGAAACUCCCGUGGGCAGAGCGAGACCCCUCCCCAUUCAGACCACCACCGGACCUCCGGACCCCCCCAGGUCCCGAUCCCCGUGGGAAACUCACGUGGCCGCAGCGGGACCCCCCUCCCCGGCCACCGUGGGAAAGUCCUGCGACAGCCAGCUGCCCCUCCCCCGCGUCCCAGCGGCCACCGUGGGAAUGUCCCCCGGCCGGGCCGUCCCCCGCGUCCCGGCAUCCGGGACCGUCCCCGGCGCCCGGAAUUGUCCCCGGUGUCCGAAUUGUCCCCGGCAUCCGGGACCGUCCCCUGUCCGGGAAGCGGCAGCGGCAGCCGGGAUGGGGGUGACGGGCACGGGACCCCCUCUCGGUGUCCCCGCAGGGUCCCCACGGAGUCCCCGGGACCCCCGAGGCUACCUCAGCCGCCCCCUCACCUGUCCCCGGGCUUGGGGGGGGUCAGGAGCCACCGGGACCCCGCACAGGGUGAGCCCGGCCAGGUGAAUCCUGGCCCCUCCCCUUGUCCAGGUGAGUCCUGCCCAGUUCCCGGCUCCCUGCCAUUGUCCCUUGUCGCCGCCGCCUCCCAGUCCCCCCCCCUCACCUCCGCACGCCGCCGGGGCCACCGCCACCGGCCCGGGGUGGCCGCCACCGCCGCUCAUGGCCCCCGGGGCCACCGGGACCACCGGGACCAGCGCUCGGGGCCACCGUGGCCACCGGGGCCACCGGGACCAGCGGGGCCAGCGGCGCUGCCACCGGAGGCUGCGGGACAGACAAACAUCCGCCACCGCCGGGUCACCGCGGCGCCGCCCGGCCGCGUUCCUGUCCCGCUGCGUGGCCGGGGCCGCCCCGGGGCCAGCGCGGGGUUGGUGGCCCGCGGGUGGCCGCAGGUGGCCCGCAGGUGGCCCGGGGGUAGCCCGCGGGUGGCCCGGGGCCAGCGGACUCACCACCACCGGGACCAGCGCUCGGGGCCACCGUGGCCACCGGGGCCACCGGGACCAGCGGGGCCAGCGGCGCUGCCACCGGAGGCUGCGGGACAGACAAACAUCCGCCACCGCCGGGUCACCGCGGCGCCGCCCGGCCGCGUUCCUGUCCCGCUGCGUGGCCGGGGCCGCCCCGGGGCCAGCGCGGGGUUGGUGGCCCGCGGGUGGCCGCAGGUGGCCCGCAGGUGGCCCGGGGGUAGCCCGCGGGUGGCCCGGGGGUAG